AUGGCCUCUAAAAUAUCCACAAGGUUUCUCUCUUCCGCUCUUCGACCAACGCGAAUCAUCUCUCCCUCUACAUCGCAUCCAUACCCUCGAUUGCCACGAACUCUGCAGCCUGCCUUCCGUCGCUCUGCCCACUCCAUCCCGAAGCCUCCUCAUCCCGCACCACCCGCUUCGAAUUCUGCCCAGCCGCCGGCAUCCGACGCGAAACCACGGAAGCUUCUCGAGCCUCAUUAUGAGCUGACAUUCACCUGCGUGCCCUGCGGCGAGCGCUCUUCCCACACCAUAUCGAAGCAGGGUUAUCACAAGGGGUCCGUCCUCAUCACCUGCCCGUCAUGUCGGAAUCGCCACAUCAUCAGCGACAAUCUGAACAUCUUCGGCGACCGCAAGAUCACAGUUGAGGAUAUCAUGCGGGAAAAAGGCCAGCUGGUCAAGCGAGGAACCCUGGGCGAGGAUGGGGACGUCGAAUUCUGGGAAGACGGCACUGUGACCGAACGCGGUACUAGUGCUGCCGGGAAUGCCACAGGAACGGCGACGAAGGCCAUAAACGAGCCUGGUCCCCAAGCUGAGACGGAGGAGGCCACCAAGAUGCGAGACGCAAGAGACCCCUCCUCUCAAGCAACAGAAUCUACGCCGGCUACGGGCUCGACACCUUUGAGUAACGCAGAAGCUCGCCCUACAGUAGACAGCACUCUGCGCCCAAACACUGUCCCAUCCACACGUCGCCAAUACUCCACAGCUGUGUCGCGGGACGAUCAACAAACGGGGGAUGGACAUGUUGGGGGAUUCAAUUAUCAUCCCAUCAUAGAAGAGUCAUCCAGUCAGAAUCUGCUGCGUGAAAUGAUGGAAGACUCCGGUCGCACCAACCUGCACCAUGUUCUCGCAGACCUGCGGGACUCUCUACGCGAUGGCACCCCUUUGCCAAAACGAGUAAAGCAGGAACCACCAAAGCCCCGAGAGCGGCCAGUUUCAAUGUCCAGUAUGUUCAGGAGGGUCACGGGCGAGCGUGAACGAAUGGGAAAGAACCAAAGAGAACUCCUGAAGUCCGGCUGGAGGAGCGAGCGUCGUCGCGAACUGCCGCUAUCUGUUUUAACCAGAGUGCCGCGAGAGGAAAUGGUCAAGCAUGUCAAGCAUGCCAAGCCGUUGAUCGCCAAGUCGUACGAAACGACGCCUGGGGAUCCUACCGUCUUCCGCAAGCAUGCCGUCAAGCCUGCGUCUGAGGUAAUCCGCAAGCUUGCCGUCAAGCCUGCACCUCCGAGAGUCAGGUUAGUCCCCGACCGUGAGCCUUCAGUUAUGAAGGAGCCCCAAGUCCGCAUGGCAUAUUCAAAAGAGCGCUUCAAUGGCGUCCGCCUCUACGCCCUCAACUCUGCCGACAACAGGCCGCGAGCCCUCCAAGCCCGCCCUGGUGUCAUCGGCCGGCGGCCCGCAGCCCUGUCGAGGCGUGAGGGCGAGGGGGAGGUCCAGCCCAUAGCGCGCCCGAGGAACGAUGUUUUCCGGAAACCCAAGCAGACGGCCCGGUCGAAGCGGCUUGAUGCCUUCGGAAAGGCGACUGCGGACCUGUGGGGCAAUGAGAACUUGUCUAACAGUCUGCGCAAAAUGAUCGAGCAUGCAUCGGGCGCGAAAUCUCUCCAGCCUCUGGCGCGUGCUUCGUUCUGA